AUUCUUGGCCUCAUUGUCAAACAUUAAUUGUCUGUAUACAUGUUGCUUUACUUUUGGGUUCUUUAUUCCGUUCCACUGGUCUGUUUUUAUGCCAGUACCCUACUGUUUUGAAAACAAUAGCUUUGUAAUAUAGUUUGAAAUCACAAGUGUGCUGCCUUCAGCUUGAUCUUCUUUCUCAAAUUGCUUUGGCUUCAGACAUUGGUUAACUUGGUGGCAAAAGAUGCCAGUGUCCUAUGUGGAGCAGGAAGCUGGAGGCUCUGCUGAGAAGGGACUGCAGUCACACCCACCCUGUGGCUGAUGGAGGUUGUUGCUGUGGAGCAGAGGAUGAGGAGGCACCCUUUGCCCAGAGCACUUCUGUAGGCGUAUCACAGACCAGGACGCCCAAGGCAGCUCAGUCUUCCCGGAAGACCCACCCCUGUGAGAUGUGUGGUCCAGUCUUGAGAGACAUUUUCUACUUGGCUGCGCACCAGGGAAAAGAAAACAGCCAGAAACUGUUGAGGUGUGGGGCCUGUGGGAAACGAUUUUAUUUCAUUACUGACUUCAGAAAACAUGAGAAACAGCACAUGGGAGAGAAAUCCUUCAGAAGCCGUGUGGACAGGGCCUCUGUUGUGAAGAACUGGGGAUUCCAUGGUUCAGGAAAGCCCCUUACCUGUGAAGAAGUUCAGAAGGACUUCCUGUCUGGCUCGGGGCAUCUGCAGCAAGAGGCCACUCAUACUGGGGAGAAGCCACACACGAUCACCCAGUGCAGGGCAACUUUACAAAGCAGAAAAAGUCAUGACACCUGGGGAGAAUGCAAGAACGCCUUUGGUCCCAAACACACACAUAGUCAGGACCAGGGUGUCCACCUUGGAAGACAGUCCUUUGUGUGCAGUGAAUGCGGGAAAGCAUUCAGGUACAAAUCCUUAUUUGCCAUACACCAGAGAUCCCAUACUGGAGAAAGAUAUCAUGAGUUUGGUAAAUGGCAAACACCAGCCCUGAAUGAACAUGGAAAGACUCACAGCGCAUCCAGACAGUACACGUGCAGCAAAUGUGGGAAAUCCUUAGGCCACAAAUCUGUCCUCAUUCAUCCCCAGAGAUGGCACAGUGGAGUGAAGAGUUACGUUUGCAGUGGAUGUGCAAAAGCUGUUAGCUGUAGCUCAGUGUUGAUUACUCAUAGGAUUCAACCUGGAGAAAGGUUUUAUAAGUGUCGUGGCUGUGCAAAAUCUUUUCCCUCUAUGUCUGCCCUCUCAUAUCAUCAGAGAUCUCAUGCAGGAAAAAGACGGUACGAGUGCAGUGAUUGUGGGAAAUCUUUUACCAGCAGUUCUGUCCUCCAUUAUCACCAGAGAGUUCAUAGUGGAGAAAGGCCUUAUCAGUGCAGUAAAUGUGGCAAGUCCUUUCUCCGAAGAAAUAGCCUCAAUGUACAUAUAAAGGUUCACUCAGGUGAAAGGCCUUAUAAAUGUAACGCAUGUGGGAAAUCUUUAAAGUGUAAGUCAGCAUUCAUUAAACACCAGCGCGUUCACACAGGAGAAAGGCCUUAUGAGUGCAGCGAAUGUGGCAGGUCUUUUCUCCGAAGAAAUACUCUGAAUGUACACAUAAAGGUUCACUCAGGUGAAAGACCUUAUAAAUGUAACGAAUGUGGUAAGUCAUUUAAGUUUAAGUCAACAUUCAUUAAACACCAGAGAAUUCACACAGGGGAGAGGCCUUAUGAGUGUAGUGAAUGUGGGAAAUCUUUUAUCUCUAGGACUGACCUACGGUAUCAUCAGAGAAUUCACACAGGAGAGAGACCUUAUCAGUGCAGCGAAUGUGGCAAGUCCUUUGUCCGAAGAAAUAUCCUCAAGGUACACAGAAAGGUUCACUCAGGUGAAAGGCCUUAUAAAUGUAAUGAAUGUGGGAAAUCUUUGAAGUGUAAGUCAUCGUUGAUUAAACACCAGAGAAUUCACACAGGAGAAAGGCCUUAUGAGUGCAGUGAAUGCGGGAAGUCUUUUAUCACUAGUUCCGUGCUUCAUUCUCACCAGAGAGUUCACACUGGAGAAAGGCCUUAUGAAUGCAGUGAAUGUGGGAAAUCUUUUACCACUAGUUCUGUCCUCCGUGAUCAUCAGAGACUUCAUACUGGAGAAAGGCCUUAUGAAUGCAGUGAAUGUGACAAAACUUUUACUACAAGUUCUGCCCUCCAUUAUCACCACAGAGUUCACACUGGAGAGAGACCUUAUGCAUGCAGUGAAUGUGGCAAGUCCUUUGUCCGAAGAAAUAGCCUGAGUGUGCACCUGAAAGUUCACUCAGGUGAAAAGCCUUAUAAAUGUAAUGUAUGUGGGAAAUCAUUGAAGUGUAAGUCAACAUUCAUUCAACACCAGAGAAUUCACACAGGAGAAAGGCCUUAUGAGUGCAGUGAAUGUGGGAAAUCUUUUUCCGCUACCUCUGUCCUUCGUUCUCACCAGAGAGUACACACGGGAGAAAGACCUUAUGAAUGCAGUGAAUGUGGAAAAUCUUUUACGUCUAGUUCUGCCCUCCGUUCUCACCAAAGAGUGCACACCGGAGAAAGGCCUUAUGAGUGCAGUGACUGUGGCAAGUUCUUUCUCCACAGAAAUAGCCUCAAUGUACACAUCAAGGUUCACUCAGGUGAAAGACCCUAUAAAUGUAAUGAAUGUGGGAAAUCUUUGAACUAUAAGUCAACAUUCAUUCAACACCAGAGAAUUCACACAGGAGAAAAGCCUUAUCUGUGCAGUGAAUGUGGGAAGUCUUUUAGUCAUAGCUGUGCCCUCCGGUACCAUCGUCAGAGUCACCUUGGAAUAAGUCCUUAUGAUUGUAGUGAAUGUGGGAAAUCUUUUACCACUAGUUCUGUCCUCCGUGAUCACCAGAGACUUCACACUGGAGAAAGGCCUUAUGAGUGCAGUCAGUGUGGGAAAUCUUUCACCACUCGUUCUGUCCUCCGUUCUCAUCAGAGAGUUCACUCUCGGGAAAGGCCUUAUGAGUGCAGUGAAUGUGGCAAGUCCUUUGUCAGAAGAAAUAGCCUCAAUGUACAUGUAAAGGUUCAUUCAGGUGAAAAGCCUUAUAAGUGUCAUGAAUGUGGGAAAUCUUGGAAGUGUAAGUCGACGUUCAUAAAACACCAGAGAAUUCAUACAGGAGAAAGGUCUUUUGCUUGCAGUGAAUGUGGGAAAUCUUUUUUCAGUCAUGAUGCUCUCAGUUAUCAUCACAGAGUUCACAGUGGCAACAGGCCUUAGGGGUGCUGCUGUUGUAGGGAAUCUUUCAGCUGUAUCUUCAGUCUCCUUCAACAGGAGGAAAUACAAUUAAUAGAGUCCUUAUGGGCAGUAUUACGAACUGAAUGUUUAUGUUCACUAAAAUUGAUAUGUUCAAUCCCUAUCCUCUAAUUCAAUAGGAUUAGCAUGUGAUGUCUUGGGAGAUAAUUCAAAGAUAUAGUUUCAUAAAAAUCUGAAUUAAGGGGCGCCUGGGUGGCUCAGUUGGUUA